GAAAUGAAAAUUGAAACUACAAUGAGAUAUCACCUUACACCAGUCAGAAUGGCCAUCAUCAAAAAGUCCACAAACAAUAAAUGCUGGGGAGGGUGUGGAGAAAAAGGGAACCCUCUUGCACUGUUGGUGGGAAUAUAAAUUGAUACAGCCAUUAUGGAAGACGGUAUGGAGAUUCCUUAAGAAACUAGGAAUAAAACAACCAUAUGGAGUUGCUUUCUGAGAGAGUGUGUGGAGCAGUGUGGUGCCUGUGAGUGUCCAGCAUGGCGUACUGGGGCCAGGGCCAGAAGGUGCAGAAGGUGAUGGUGCAGCCCAUCAAUCUCAUCUUCAGAUACUUGCAAAAUAGAUCAUGGAUUCAGGUGUGGCUUUAUGAGCAAGUGAAUAUGCGGAUAGAGGGCUGUAUCAUUGGUUUUGAUGAGUAUAUGAACCUCAUAUUAGAUGAUGCAGAAGAGAUUCAUUCUAAAACAAAGUCAAGAAAACAACUGGGUCAGAUCAUGCUAAAAGGAGAUAACAUUACUCUGCUCCAAAGUGUCUCCAACUAGAAGUGAUAGAUGAAGUGAGAAAUUGUUGUGCAAAACCGUUGGGUUUUUUAGGUAUCUUUUGUUAGAGAUGUAGUUCUAAAACUUGUAUUCAUAUUAUGUUCUGCUCACCCUUAUGUUAUUACCAGAUG